GGUUGGUAGAAGGAAGCAAAGGCUACAAGGGUCAUUUGACAGGCGGUGGCAAAGCUUUUAAAGACGCACACAUAGGCACUGGGCACUCACAUUAGCAUUCCACCUCAAAGCAACACAAGAACACUCUCUUGAACAUUCAUGGAUCCAGUGAGCGUGUGGGGUAACACGCCCUUGGCGACGGUGGAUCCCGAGAUCCAUGACCUCAUCGAGAAGGAGAAGCACCGCCAAUGCCGCGGCAUCGAGCUCAUCGCCUCCGAGAACUUCACCUCCUUCGCAGUCAUCGAGGCCCUCGGCAGCGCCCUCACCAACAAAUACUCCGAGGGCAUGCCCGGCAACCGCUACUACGGCGGCAACGAAUUCAUCGACCAGAUCGAAAACCUCUGCCGCUCACGCGCCCUCCAGGCCUUCCACCUCGACGCCCAAUCCUGGGGCGUCAAUGUGCAGCCCUACUCCGGCUCCCCUGCCAACUUCGCCGCCUACACCGCCGUCCUCAACCCCCACGACCGCAUCAUGGGCCUGGAUCUCCCCUCCGGCGGCCACCUCACCCACGGCUACUACACCUCCGGCGGCAAGAAGAUCUCCGCCACCUCCAUUUACUUCGAGAGCCUCCCUUACAAAGUAAACUCCACCACCGGCUACAUCGACUACGACCGCUUGGAGGAAAAAGCCCUAGACUUCAGGCCCAAAUUGAUAAUCUGCGGUGGCAGCGCUUACCCUCGCGAUUGGGACUACAAACGCUUCAGGGAAAUUGCGGAUAAGUGCGGGGCAUUGCUUCUCUGCGACAUGGCGCACACUAGCGGCCUUGUGGCCGCGCAGGAAGUGAACAGCCCCUUCGAGUAUUGCGACAUUGUGACCACCACCACGCAUAAGAGCUUGCGGGGUCCACGGGCGGGGAUGAUCUUUUACCGGAAGGGCCCGAAGCCGCCGAAGAAGGGGCAGCCGGAGAACGCGGUUUAUGAUUUCGAGGACAAGAUCAACUUUGCGGUGUUCCCUUCGCUGCAGGGUGGGCCCCACAACCACCAGAUCGGGGCUCUUGCCGUGGCGCUGAAGCAGGCCGCGUCGCCCGGGUUUAAGGCCUACGCCAAGCAGGUUAAGGCCAACGCCGUUGCGCUUGGGAAUUACUUGAUGGGGAAAGGGUACAGUCUUGUCACUGGAGGCACGGAGAACCAUCUUGUCUUGUGGGAUCUCAGACCUCUUGGAUUGACUGGGAAUAAGGUGGAGAAACUCUGUGAUCUCUGCAACAUUACUGUUAAUAAGAACGCAGUUUUUGGUGAUAGCAGUGCCUUGGCCCCCGGUGGAGUGCGAAUUGGUGCCCCUGCCAUGACUUCUAGGGGUUUGGUUGAAAAGGACUUUGAGCAGAUUGGUGAGUUCCUUCACCGUGCUGUGACUCUCACACUGGAGAUCCAGAAGGAGCAUGGCAAACUUCUCAAGGAUUUCAACAAGGGCCUCGUCAACAACAAGGCCAUUGAAGAUCUCAAAGCUGAUGUUGAGAAGUUCUCUGCCACAUUUGACAUGCCUGGCUUCCUGGUAUCUGAAAUGAAGUACAAGGAUUAGGUUCAAUCAUAACGCUCUCUACUUAAUUGUGUCACUCAAAGUUCGGCACAAAGGGCAGAAAUGGAGAAAAAGGAAAUAAGUGUCUUCCAUUCUGGGAGGGGUAGGGUUUAUCGUGAUGGUGUUUCAAUUCAAAAGUUUGAAAUUUCUUUGUCUUUGAUUUCAUGUUUUUGUUACCCUGAUUGAUCAUAUUUUUUUCAUAUUAACAAUUGAAAUAAUACAUGUGCUUUCUUUCUUUUCCUCA